AUGGGCUCCGCGCACUCCGUGCCCGCCGAGAUGCGGGAGCUGGCGGACAGGACGGGCUUCACUUCAGAACAGAUCGAGCACCUGCACCGGCGCUUCAAGCAGCUGAGCCAGGACCAGCUGACAAUCCGAAAGGAGAACUUCGACAGCAUUCCUGACCUGGAAUUCAAUCCAAUCCGGGGAAAAAUUGUCCACGCCUUUUUUGACAAGCGGAAUCUGAGGCAGGAGUCGGAUGGGCUGGCAGAUGAGAUCAACUUCGAGGACUUCCUGACCAUCAUGUCCUACUUCAGACCCAUCGAGAUGAACAUGGAUGAGGAGCAGCUCGACCGCUUCCGGAAGGAGAAACUGAAAUUCCUGUUCCACAUGUACGACUCGGACCACGACGGGAAGAUCACGCUGCAGGAAUACAGAAAUGUGGUGGAGGAGCUGCUGUCAGGGAACCCCCAUCUGGAGAAGGAGUCGGCUCGCUCCAUCGCUGACGGGGCCAUGAUGGAGGCAGCCAGCAUCUGUGUGGGACAAAUGGGCCCGGACCAGGUGUACGAGGGCAUCACCUUCGAGGAUUUCCUUAAGAUGUGGCAGGGCAUCGACAUUGAGACCAAGAUGCACGUCCGCUUCCUCAACGUGGACACCAUCGCUCACUGCUACUGAGGAGGGGCAGCAGG